UUUCUUCUUCUGCGACUACGUGUAGUCCUGGUCCUGCAGCUGCGACGCGCAGAAGUCGAGCAACCUUCGAUACAUCCUCAUCGGACCGGUUUCAGCUACUCUGGCUUCGAAUCUCUCGUUCCCGCCAGCUGGACCUACAUUAUAGUUCAAUCGAAUGGUACACUAGUGAUGUGGAGGAAAAGUAGAAAGUUGGCAAACUCGGAAACCUCUGCAUUUGGAUUUGAAAAGGAAUGUAACAAGCACGUUAAACAAAGUCUUGGAGUGCGAUAUUCGAUCGAAAAGAACUUCGAGAAGUUAUGUGGAUUCCAAUUACAGGAUUUGUCGUCGUUUGAGAGAUUCACCUUGUUGUUGUACCGACCGACGGAUCCCGCCAGCUUGGGAGUCGUCAGAGCACUUUUCGGUCUGUGCAUGGUAUUGGACGUAGUGGAAGAGAGAGGACUAGCAGAUAUCGACAUAAAAUGGGGAGAACCAUUAGACUGUCACUUUCCAUUGAUCCAUGGAAUGAAGCCUCCCCCACUGGCAUGGAUCACAGUAAUUUAUGCAGUAAUGUGGAUGGGUGCGUUUGGGAUUAUGCUGGGCUUGCACUUCAAACUCGCUUGCGCCUGUUUCGUAUUUCCUUACUGGUACAUCUUCCUACUGGAUAAAAGCUACUGGAACAAUCACACGUAUCUAUACGGGAUCGUUACGACUCUCCUCUGGGGUACGGAGGCUAACAAGUACUUUGCAUUAGAUGUCAUUAAAGAGAAUGGAGGCUCAAACUCGGUCCCAUUGUGGAACUACUUCAUCGUGAAGUUUCAAUUCUUUGCGCUGUACUUUUUAGCAGGAUUGAAAAAGUCGAGCGCGGAAUGGCUGUCAGGUUACGCCAUGACGAAUCUAUCGAGGCACUGGGUUUUUAGUCCGUUUAAGUUGUUUUUAACUACAGAGCAAACUGAUUUCUUCAUAGUACAUUGGUUUGCAUUUAUCUUCGACCUGACGGUUGGAUUUUGGAUGUUGUUCGAGAGGACUCGAAUUCCUGCGAUGGUCUUCUGCACAGCUUUCCACUUGAUGAAUUCUAGACUGUUCAAUAUUGGAAUGUUUCCAUACGUGUGUCUAGCCACGAUGCCUCUCUUCUGCAACGUUGAUUGGCCUCGAAGGUUUUCUUCUAGUCUGAAACGUGCUUCAUUUUUCUCCCAAAAUGAAGCCACCACUUCCUGCGUAGAAUCAUCGACGAAAUCCACAGAUACUCGCAAGGAAGGGUCUACUAAAAAAUUAAUCGACGAGCCAUCGAGUCAAGAAAGAAACGAAUCUUCGUGUGACGAAGGAAAUACUGAUGCAGAAACUGUCUCUUCUAUCGAAGCUAAGAAUGAACAAGAAAGUAUCAGAAAUGCUUGCAAAGGCGUAAGAGGAACUCGUCUCAAGUCGACAGGUGCGACGAAGCAGCAAAAACUUGUAGUAUCUCUGUUGCUCUUUCACGUGGUUUUGCAAUUUUUCCUUCCUUACUCUCAUUUUAUCACUAAGGGGUAUAACAACUGGGUACCGGGAUUGUAUGGUUACUCGUGGGACAUGAUGGUCCACGCCUGGGACACCAUACUCGUUGUUAUUAAAGUUCACGACAACGUGAGCAACGAAGAUCGUUACUUGGAUCCCAAAGCGUGGGUGGCGAGUGAUCGAUGGGAGAAACACGGUGACAUGGCGAGACAAUACGCCUUCUGUUUAAAGGACAAUUUAAUCGAGCAAGAGAAGCAUAUUUUCAAACGUGAUCUUCAGUACCAACCAAGGACGAAAUGGACACGUUUGUCUACGAAUUUAAGUAUUUACAUCGACGUCUGGUGCUCUCUGAAUGGAAGGUUCCAGCAAAGAAUGUUUGAUCCCACUGUUGACUUAUUGACAGUGGACUGGCAUCCAUUUAAGCCCAUUUCGUUCCUAAUGCCUCUUCUCUCGCAGUACAAUUCGUACAGGUACAAAUUGGAAGAAAUUCAGCAACAGGUUUACACGUGGUCCAACGACACCGACGUUCUCUUCGUAGCUGAUUUCCCAGGGAUGCACCUGGACAAUUACAUAGCUAAAAAUUUUACAAACGUUACGUUAACAGUGCUCGAAGGUCAGGUAACCUAUAGCGACGAACAACAGCUGAAAGGUGUAAUCCUCUCGAAGGAAUCGUCGAUUUCGAUAAAGACGGGUCAAUUUCAUCGCGUGAAGACGACGAGCGCUUAUCCAGCUUGUUACAUGUACACUUACACCAAUCGUGACAAGCAAGAAUCAGACACAGACGGAGCAAUCGACGAACUAAAGGAACCCGUUUCAAUCUCUACGGAAAUCCUCUACAGGAUUGAAAACUGGGUCCGAGCCAUGAAUCACAUUGCAAACGCAUUUUUCUACUUGGUUUACAAUGUUCCUAUGGUGCAGAGAGUAAACAUUAAUGUAACUUGAAAUUAAUUAGU